CAUGAGACAAACACAAUGGAUUGGAUGAUCUCAACUACACUUUUCCUUUCAGGGUUAAAAGCUGCACUUUGUUUCAACAUUGACCCUCUGGCUUGGAAGUCCCUGCAGAAUCCUGCUGCAGGUUUUGGCUACCAGGUGGUGCAAAGACGAUCAGAUUUGCUCGUCAGUGCCCCUCUUCAACAGUAUUCAGGAAAUCGAAGGGGUCAGAUAUUUAGGUGCACCACUGAGACAUGCCAAAGUCUGCAAGUUCCAGUGCCAGAAUUUGCAGUCAACAUGUCACUUGGUUUGGCAAUGACAAGCGAUCCCAUCACAGAGAAAACUGCAGCAUGUGGUCCAACCAUUCCUAACGACUGUAAAAGUAUCACCAUGUACAGUGGGGUUUGCAUUGAGAUAGAAAAAUCUAGUAGCAGUGGGCCACCUGUACCAUCUUCUAUUGAAGAGUGCAGAGCCCAAGCUGACAUCGCAUUUCUGUUGGACGGCUCAGGCAGUGUGAGUCCUCAAGAUUUUGAAAGAAUGAAAACUUUUGUUACUAAACUGAUCGAGUCGCUGCUGGGAAAAGAUACACAAUUUUCCAUCACUCAGUUUUCUUGGGACCCCAAAAUCCAUUUCGACUUCAAAGGAUUUGAUCCUAAUAAUUGGCGACAACAAAUUCAACAAAUAUGGCAGAUCGGAGGGUGGACUUACACCGCUAAAGCCAUUACAUAUGUUGUGGAAAAUAUCUUCCUAACAUCCAGAGGUUCCAGGUCAGAGGUGAAGAAAGUUUUGAUAGUCAUUACAGAUGGACAGUCUACCGACCCCUACUACUUACAGGGAGCAAUCGAUAAGGCUGACUCUAAAAAUAUUGUUAGAUUCGCUAUUGGGGUUGGGAAUGCAUUUAGCCCUUACAAUCCUGGUGCAUUACAAGAACUGAGGAUCAUUGCAUCUAAACCUCAAGAAAACUAUGUGUUUAAAGUGGAGACCUUUGAGGCGCUUGAGAAGAUUCGACAGAAUUUGCAAGACAAAAUUUUUUCUAUUGAAGGAUCUCAAACAGGUGGAGAGUCACUGAAACUGGAAAUGUCUCAGGAGGGAUUCAGAGUGGCUUACAUGCCUGAGGGAAUCCAGAUGGCUAUGGUUGGUGCUAAUCAGUGGAGGGGAGGCUACAAGCGGUACACAGGACACACACUAACAGGGUCAUAUGAACCCAUGGUUAUGGAGCCUGACAGUUAUCUUGGUUACUCCAUGGCUGUGGCUACAACUGCAGACGGCCAACUGACCAUCAUUGGUGCUCCAAGAUAUCAACACAGAGGAGUUGUGAUGGUGGUUUCCAGAGACAAAGACAAACAAAAACUUGAGCCAAAUCAACGUGAGAUCCAGACUGGUGAAUAUUUUGGGGCAGAGGUUUGUACCAUGGAUUUGAAUCUUGACAGCUACACUGACCUAAUCAUCAUAUCUGCUCCGAUGUACAAGGACUCUGAUCGAGAGGGACGAGUUUACGUUUGCACAUUGACCCACUUGAAUGUCGACUGCUAUUUUGAGUCUCCAUUAGUACUAAAAGGGGCUGCUGACAGAGGAAGGUUUGGGUCUUCUCUCGCUGUUCUGCCUGAUCUAAACAAAGAUGGAUUUAGGGAUUUGGCAGUUGGAGCACCUUUGGAGAACGAUGGUCAGGGCAGCAUCUACAUAUUCCAUGCUGAAGGAGGCCAAAGAAUCAAUCCUGCUUACUCACAGAGAAUUGCUGCCUCUGAGGUUCAGUCAGGACUAAAGUUCUUUGGCAUGUCGAUCAGUCAGUGGAGUUUCGAUCAGAGUGGUGAUGGUCUGCCUGACUUAGCGGUGGGUUCAAAGGGCACAGUUGUCUUACUGAGAUCAAGGCCUAUAGUGAUGGUGGAAGCAACUGUUUCCUUCAACCCAAAUGAAAUCCCAACUCAAAAUGUGGACUGUUCAAAUCCCCUGGAGAACAAAGCUGAAAUCUGCUUUACUAUGAGCAGACACUCUGAAGUGAACACAGCUCAAGCACAGAUUAAUUACACUUUUACGCUGGAUGCUACCAGGAAGACCCCAAACAACCGAGCUUACAUCAGAGAGAAACUACGAGAGGAAACUGGAUCACUUGUUCUGGACUUAAAACGUCGACAGUGCAGCAGUGUGAAUUUUUUCAUUGAGGCUUGUCCAGAAGAUAUUCACAAUCCACUUAUGAACGAGUUCAGAUUCACCUUCGAUGGUUUACCUUCUGACACAAAUCUUAAACCAAGUCUCGCCCAGCAGGCUCAAACCACAACAUUUCAUCCAUUAAGGUUUCAGAUCAACUGUGGUGCUGAUGAGAAUUGUGUUGAUAAUCUGAAAGUGGACUUCAACUUCACCAGGUCCUCAGUGAUUGUGGUUGGCAUUGAUGAGCUUUUGGAUGUGACGGUCUCUGUGGAGAACAGGGAGGAAAACUCAUACAACAGUCUUAUUAUUCUCACAUACCCAGCUGGGCUCUCCUACAGGAAGUUUUCAGCUCUGCAGGGAAGAAUUCAGUGCAGCUCUUUGGACAGUGAAGAUGGAGUAACUCGAGGAAAGACAGACUGCACUAUUGACAAACCAGUUUUCAAAAGCAACUCCAAGGCUGUCUUCAUUGUCUCCUAUGGGAUUGGAGCCAAUAGUCAACUUGACAGGAAGAUCUUUGUCACUGCAAAUGCCACCAGUGGGAAUCAGGAGCACUCCCCUUCAAGUGAACUCUACAAGAGGAAAGAGAUCGAUGUGAAGUAUAACAUCUUUGUUUCAGCUGAAAGCUCCUUCAACUACUGCAAUUUCACUUUUGGAAAAAAUAAUUUGCAGAAACCAGUCCAACAAUCAAUCAAGGUUACAAAUAGCAUCAGAGCAUUUAAUUUCACUGUGGUGAUCAGGGUUCCUGUAAAGCUCAGUAACAAAGAUAUUUGGGUGGAUUUGAGCAGUCUGCAGAUUGCAGACUGUCAACGAGACAAAGAAGAAGAACCUGUUGUCUCUGAUAUUGUUGCUCAGAUAAAGGAAAAGAAAUUAGUGGACUGCUCUGUAGCCAAGUGUAGAGUGUUUAGGUGCAGCCGGUUCAUGGGAAGAAAGGAGAGUAAGACGUAUACAAUCUCUGCCAACCUUAGUUCAGCAUGGAUAGAGCAGAUUGGACUUCCAUCUGCCAAAUUCCUCUUAACCAGCACGGCCAGUCUGGAGUACGACAGAGACCAGUACAUCUUCUACUCAACAGCAACUAAUAACAACCCACCUGUUCACAAAAUUGAGACAGAGGUAGAAGUGUUUCCUGUACCAGAUUUCACCAAAGAGAUUGUAGGAGGUUCUCUGGGAGGGUUGGCUUUUCUAGCUUUACUCACUGCUGGUCUGUAUAAGGCUGGGUUUUUUAAGAGCAAAUACAAUAAGAUGAUUACUGAAGAUGGAAAAGGAGCCACAGAGACAGCAGCUGAUGGAGGUGCACCCACAGGAGAAUAAAAAUCUUAUUAUUCUUCAUCUCAAAGAAACCACCCAUUCCCCACAUCCAGCAUUUUCCAUUUGUACCAUUAACCUGUUGACUACAGCUGACUACAAAACCAACCCAUCUUACUAUUUCAGGAAAUCUCUAUAAAUGAAAUAUCUAUGCCAACACUUUAAGAAACCAGCUUGUGUGUUUGUGGGUCAGACUGGGACUAAAGUCGGGCAUAAACUCCUUCAGGCCACCCCAACUCAUAUACUGUACACAUAUGCGCUCACACUCACACAAGUUCACACUUGCAAACACAUGUAUAAGUCAAGUAAUCACCAGAGCUCAUUAUUCUAUGUUGUCCAACCUUCAGACAAAACUAUAAACCCUCUUCCCUACCCUCAUCAACAGGCUGAAUACUACAGUGACAAGACGAGUCCUAUGUUAAUGAUAUGGUGUUAUGUUGAGUUAAACAUGUUUGUAUCAUUUUUUGAGCAAAUUGAUUAGAUGUGUAACAUGCUAACAGCAAUAUUCAUACAACAGUAAAAACAAGAAGCAGCUUUUCCCGACUUCUUCAGUAAUUGCCCUCUAAUGACGGUUAAUUCAGCAUACAUCUUUCAUCACCUGCACUCUGAGCUCUCCAGUGGUCUGAUGUUGACUCUUGUCUUAUCUCUUGCUCUGUUUCUUUCUCACUUUCUUUCACCAACCACGCCCUCUUAUGUUUCUUUAAAGAAUCAGUCGAAGACAUCUGGUACUAACAAGCGACCUAGAAAGCAAAACUCAGCUGUUAUGUGACCUGUCCUAAAAGCAAGAAUUAUUGAACAGCUUCAGGGAGCUGCUGAGCAAUGAUGUUUUCAUGGUUUAUGGUUUCUGUUCUGACUUUAUGUAUUUAGUUUUGGUCAUCUUUCUAAUUUUUGUUGCUGGUUUUUGGUGUUCAGGGCUUAGUUUUGUGUUUCUUUGGUUUCUGUUUUUUAGUGCACAUUGUCUGAUUGCUCAUGCACGUCACCUGUGUUUAAUUUGUCAGUCUGUGUAUUUAAUUCAGGUUUUCAGUUACUCUUCGUCAGAUCCUUUUGGUUCAUCCCUGUAAUAUAUGGUCUUCUGUUACUGAGUUUCUGGAUUAAAGCCUUUGUUAGCAGCA